GUGCAGGGCGCCCUCGUACGCUCUGUGCUGUUUUUAAAGCACUGCGUAUUUUGCGUGCUUUUACGGUAUCUACCCGUAUUUGCCAAGAAACAUAGUGCACACUUAAGGAUAAUAAAGUUUCAAGCCCAGUGCCAAUAUCUGACGCCUCCGAUCCCUGCCCCCGGCCAUGGCAGACUUCUUGGAGAGUGAGGCCGAGGAGUCGGACGAUGAGGAGGUGACCGGGAAACGACCAUUAGUGGACGAUGACGAUGAGGAAGAAGAGGAGGAAGAAGAUGAUGAUGAGAGGUUGAGAGAAGAGAUGAAGGAUCUUAUCAAUGAUGAAGAGGAAGAAGUUGAAGAGGACUCGGACGAUGAUGUAGGAGGCAAAAAGAAGCGGCGGCAUCACGAUGACUUUGACGACAAUCUAGAAGAUGAAGAUUACGAUCUUAUAGAGGAAAACUUGGGAGUCAAAGUGCAGAGGAAAAAGAAGUUCAAGCGUGUGAGGAGAAUAGAGGACGAAGAAAGUGACAAUGAAGAAAGCAAGGACAGCACCAAUCGUGAUGCCAUUGCCAAUGAGCUGUUUGAAGGAUCUGAUGCGGAGGCAGCUGCUGAGCAGGAUGAAGAAAGAGGAGAGGGAGAAGAGGAGGAAAGGGAAGGCUCGGGCUCCGAGCUUGAGUCUGAUCCCGAUGAUUUCAUUGUCGAUGAUGAUGGCCAGCCUAUCACAAAAGGCAAGAAGAAGAGGCAUAUCAAGUACACUGACCAGGCCCUGCAGGAAGCUCAGGACAUUUUCGGUGUCGAUUUUGACUUUGACGAGUUCUCCAAGUACCAGGAUGACUACGAUGAGGAAAUGGAAGAGGAAGAGUAUGAGGAUGAAGAAGAGGAAGGGGAGACUCGCCCACGCCCCAAGAAGACGUCACGCAAGCGCCAGACGAAGAAGAGCAUUUUUGAGGUGUACGAACCAGUCGAGCUGGAGCGAGGCCACUUCACCGACCGGGAUAACGAAAUACGGACGACAGACGUGCCCGAACGGUUCCAACUACGGGCAGUGCCGGUGACGUCGGCUUCCGAGGAAGAGAUUGCGCGUGAGGCUGAGUGGAUCUACAAGCAUGCAUUUGGGAACCCCACAAUCUCGGUGCAGUCGGCUGUUGAUGAAGGCGCCAAGGGGUCCUCUGCCGCUUCUGAUCUGGCAGGUCGACACCAGCCUCCUGCAGGGCGCAAGAGUGUGACAGCUGUGGCAAAGAUUGCCGAGGCGCUGAAGUUCAUGAGAAAUCAACUUUUUGAGGUUCCAUUUAUUGCCUUCUACCGAAAGGAGUACGUGGAGCCUGACCUCAACAUUAACGACCUCUGGACAGUCUACAAGUGGGAUGAAAAGUGGUGCCAGCUGCAGCAGCGUAAGAAGAAUCUGCAGCAGCUGUUUCAGCGCAUGCAAGAGUUCCAGUGUGAUCAGAUACUGCAGGAAGACCCGGACAAGCCGCUGCCAGAGAAUGUACGACCCAUUGAUGAAAACGACUUCCAGAGGCUGAAAGAGGUGCAGACGCCCGAGGAGUUGCGUGAUGUUUACCAGUUCUUCCUGCUGUACUACGCACAAGAGAUACCUGAGAUGCAGGAGGCGAUGCGUAAGCGUAAGAGGAAAGAGGCCGAAGCCGAGAAUAAUGAAAACGGCGAGAAUGCAACGGCCAAGGAACCCGAGGACCUGGAUGAUGAGAAUCAGCGGUUGAAGCAUCCUGUUCGGAAGCGUCUGUUUGACAUUUGUCGGGACAUGGGACUCGAUGGCCUUGCAAAGAAGUUUGGCUUGACACCAGAGCAGUUUGGAGAGAAUCUCCGAGACAAUUACCAGAGGCACGAGGUGGACCAGUUUCCGGUCGAACCCCUGAUGGCUGCUACUGAUUUUGUCAGCAAGCGCUUCACAACACCCGAGGAGGCUCUGAAAGCAGCACGAUACAUGGUGGCGGUGAUGAUUGCUAUGGACCCUCUGGUACGAAGGUGCAUACGUGAAACCUUCUUCGAGAGGGCCAAGAUCAGCAUUUCACCGACGAAGAAGGGUCUCAAGGAAAUCGAUGAGAACCACUCAUGCUAUUCAGUGAAGUACCUGAAAAACAAGCCUGUUCGAGAUUUGGAAGGAGCACAGUUUCUUAACAUGACGCAGGCUGAAAACGAGAAGCUGCUCAAUAUCACCAUUUCUAUGGAUGGAAGCACUCAAUCAAAUCCUGGAGUUUACCUUGAUGAGAUCAAGCAGCUCUACUACAGGGACGAGUUCAGCAACAAUGUCCAGGAGUGGAACAACCAGCGCAGUGAGGCUCUCAGCUUUGCCCUGAGCAAAUUUCUCUACCCAAGCUUUGAGAAGGAGCUCAAGGCACAGCUGCUCAACGAAGCGCAGGAAGGCAUCAUCAAGGCUUGCUCCCGAAAGUUGUACAACUGGCUGAAGGUGGCCCCGUACCAGGUGGACGCCCAAAUGGAGGAGGAUGAGGACUUUGACACUCGUGAUGGCAUUCGGGUGUUUGCCAUUGCCUACGAGAACAAUUGGGAGGUUCCUGCUUUCGGCGCACUUAUAGACGGCACUGGUGAAGUGAUGGAGUACAUCAGGCUCCCCCACUUGCUCAAGAGGAAAAACUCCUGGCGGGAGAAGGAGCGGGAACUCAAGGAACUUGAUCUAAAGGUCCUCAGGAAGUUCAUUCGCAACAAGAAACCUCAUGUAAUCUGCGUUGGAGCACAAUCCAGAGAGGCAGUCAUGGUUGUAGAGGACAUCAAAGGCGUGGUAUCUGAACUAGCAGAGAAUGAACAGAUGCCCCUGAUCAAUGUGGAGCUGCAAGACAAUGACCUGGCAAUGGUCUACAUGAACUCCAAGAAGGCCGAGAACGACUUCCGGGACUACCCGCUGCUGCUGCGGCAAGCCAUCUCAUUGGCCAGGCGGAUGCAGGAUCCCUUGGUUGAGUUCUCGCAACUCUGCACUCCAGAUGAGGAAAUUUUUUGCCUCAAGUAUCACCCUCUACAGGACUUGGUACCAAGGGACGAUCUCACCAAUGCACUGAACCUGGAGUUCGUCAACCGGACUAAUGAAGUUGGUGUGGACAUCAACUUGGCGAUCUCUCACAUACACACGUCCUUCCUGGUGCAGUUCGUGUGUGGCCUCGGACCUCGCAAAGGUGCCUCACUGCUUAAGACACUGAAGCAAUCCCACCAACGCCUCGAAAGCCGGACACAACUUGUGACAGUCUGCCAUAUGGGACCUAAAGUGUUCAUCAACUGUGCGGGCUUCAUCAAGAUUGACACAACUUCGUUCGAGAAUAGCACAAAUGCCUAUGUGGAGGUGUUGGAUGGCUCGCGUGUUCAUCCAGAAGCUUAUGAGUGGGCUCGCAAGAUGGCUGUGGAUGCCCUAGAGUAUGAUGAUGUCACCGAAGACGUGAACCCCGCUGAAGCCCUCGAGGAAAUUCUGGAGAACCCUGAAAAGCUCAGGGACUUGGAUCUCGAUGCAUUUGCGGUAGAGCUUGAACGGCAAGGAUAUGGCAACAAGAGCAUCACGCUGUACGACAUUCGGGCAGAAUUGAAUCACAGGUACAAAGACCUGCGCACUCCGUUCCGGCCCCCCAACCCCGAAGAAACAUUCAACAUGCUCACGAAGGAGACCCCACAGACCUUCUACAUUGGCAAGAUGGUGACUUGUCAGGUGGUGGGCAUCGCACGGCGGAAGCCUCACGGACAGCAGCUGGACCAAGCCAACCCUAUCCGAAAUGAUGAGACGGGCCUUUGGCAGUGCCCUUUCUGCCAGAAAAACGACUUCCCUGAGCUGAGUGAAGUGUGGAAUCAUUUUGAUGCUGGCAGCUGUCCGGGACAGUCUAUGGGUGUCCGGGUGCGCCUGGUCAGCGACAAGAAGGUCACCAACCCUGAGGAGAGAGUAAAGGUCGGCAUGAUUCUUCACUGCAGAAUAACGAAGAUAGACAUUGAAAGGUUCGCGGUUGAUCUGACUUGCCGAUCUUCUGACCUUUCUGACGUCAACAAUGAGUGGAGGCCUGCAAAGGACCUGUACUAUGAUUAUGAGGCCGAAGAAAAGGACCGGAAAGUGGAUGACGACUCUAAGAAGAAGCAGAAUCGGCAAACAUACGUGAAGCGUGUGAUUGUUCAUCCAUCAUUCCAUAACAUCUCUUACAAGGAGGCUGAGAAGCUGCUUAGCACUAUGGAUCAAGGUGAUGUGAUCAUUCGUCCCAGCAGCAAGGGAGUUGACCACCUGACAGUGACAUGGAAGGUGUAUGAUGGCAUCCUGCAACACAUUGAUGUGAAAGAGCAGGGGAAGGAGAAUGCGUUCAGUCUUGGGUCUUCAUUGAUGAUCAACAACGAGGAAUUUGAGGACCUGGAUGAAAUAAUAGCCAGGCAUGUACAGCCAAUGGCAAGCUUUGCACGUGACUUGACCACGUUUCGGUACUUCCGGGACGCUGAAGGUGGCAAACGAGAAGUCAUUGAGAAGCUGCUCACUGAGGAGAAGAAGCGUAACCCUUCCAAGAUCCACUACUUUGUCUCAGCCUCGCGAGAGUUCCCUGGAAAGUUUAUGCUCUCCUACCUGCCACGAGUCAAGGCGCGCCAUGAGUAUGUGACGGUGACACCCGAGGGCUUCCGCUACCGACAGCAGAUGUUCCACUCCGUGGGCUCUCUGUUCAGGUGGUUCAAGGAGCACUUCCGGGACCCCAUCCCUGGAACGCCAAGCAGUGUGACUGCAGUGCGCACACCGAUGGGCCAGUCAUCCUACAUUGGUGCCACACCCAGCAUCAACAUUUCGAAUGUCGACCCUCAGGCGAUCCAGAGAGCAGCAGCCAACAUUUCCAAUCACAUGUUUGCAUCAUUAUCUCAAGUGGCCGGACAGACACCGUCAUUCCCAACACCAUAUGGUGGAACCUAUGCCAAUGCAUACCCUUACCACCAGCAGCCGUAUACACCCUCACAAGCGAUGGCGACGCCACUCGUGACCCCAUCGUACCACCAUGCGGUAGCCACACCAUCAGUGACCCCUCGUUACCCACAGACCCCACAAACUUCGUGGGCGGCUGCCCAACAGACGCCACGGGGUGCUCAUACACCUCGGCACACGCCAGCUGCGCCCGCUGCAGCUGUCAUCCAGGCCAAUCCCAUCCCCACCGUCGUGUCUGGCACCAAGAGCACAGGCAACCCAUCGAUUGCCGACUGGAAGCGCAUGGCGGAGCAGUGGGCAAAGCAACGCAUGGAGCAGCAAGACGCAUCGAACCGUGCGUCUGCGCGCCGCACUCCAACAACUCGCGCAUCCCCAAGCCCCAUGAUCGAGUCGACACCGGCUGGCGAUGCCACACCGCUCAUAGACGAGCAGUAGUCAAGAAGCCGCCUCGGCUGCUCGCGUUGGGGAGCUGUUUUAUACGCUGUAAUGGACUGCCUUUCUUGAGGAACUGUGGACAACCUUUUCAUGUGAUUUGUUAGGUUCUUUUUUUUUUUUAUUAUUCUUUCGGAAGGUGCAUUGGGGGAAAAUAAUGCUGCCAGCCCGAUGACCUGGCUUUUUUGCCCCCUUUGCAUUCUAAAGGCAUGCUGGAUUGCAUGUAGCAACUAGGUCAUUGUGGCAUACUGCGUGCUUCUCGGAACGAAGUGACUGUGCGGCGCUCUUGGGAACUGCAUCACGCAAGAAUGGAGGAGUGAUCCUUACCGUCUUGCCAUGUAAAUAUGUUUUUCUCACAAGCAGUUAUUUAAACUGUGUAACUUACCUUUCCUUUGCUUUUUAAGUCUCAAGUGAAAGUGGUACAUGACGAAUAAAUAUGCAAUGCAAAUUCUGUA